GGCGGACGAGCGAGCGCGAGAGCUCCUGCGCCCGGGCGCACGGCGGGAGCGGCGGUGGUGCUGUGGCUCGCCAGGAGCCGGGAGCCCCGACACACAAAGGCUGGUGGGAUGCGUGAGCAACCCGGGAGCCGGGAAAGGGAAAGGGAAAGCGAAAGCCGCGGGCACGGCAGGUGACGGCGAAGGCGCCGCGCAGUCCUCCCGACGCCGGCGGUACCCGGGCCUGCCCUCCUGGGCCUGUCGGCCCGAAUCCGGCGCGCCGCAGCCAUGGCUAUCGCCCACCUGGCCACCGAGUACGUGUUCUCGGACUUCUUGCUGAAGGAGCCCUCGGAGCCCAAGUUCAAGGGGCUGCGGCUGGAGCUGGCCGUGGAUAAGAUGGUCACGUGCAUCGCCGUGGGUCUGCCCCUGCUGCUCAUCUCGCUGGCCUUCGCGCAGGAAAUCUCGAUCGGUACCCAGAUAAGCUGUUUCUCCCCAAGUUCCUUCUCCUGGCGGCAGGCUGCCUUCGUGGAUUCGUACUGUUGGGCUGCCGUUCAGCAGGCCUCCUUGCAGGGCGAUGCCGGACGCCUUCCGCUGUGUCUGCAUAAGUUUUUCCCCUACAUCUUGCUGCUGGUGGCCAUCCUCCUGUACCUGCCCUCCCUGUUCUGGCGUUUUGCAGCUACUCCUCAUCUUUGCUCAGAUUUGAAGUUUAUCAUGGAAGAACUUGAUAAGGUUUACAACCGCUCAAUUCAAGCCGCAAAGAGCAUGUAUGAUGAUCAGGACGUGAGAGAUGGUGCUGGCCCCGUUCCGGGGCUUCCUGAGAACAUGGGGCAAAGUUUGUGGGAGAUCUCUGAAAGCCAUUUCAAGUACCCGAUUGUGGAGCAGUACUUGAAGACAAAGAAGAACUGUAAGAACUUAGUCAUCAAGUACAUCGGCUGCCGGUUGCUGACGCUCAGCAUCAUACUGUCCGCGUGCGCCUACCUGGGCUAUUACUUCAGCCUCUCGUCGCUGUCUGACGAGUUUGUCUGCAACAUCAAGUCCGGGAUCCUGAGAAAUGACAGCACCAUCCCCGAUCGCUUUCAGUGCAAGCUCAUCGCCGUCAGCGUCUUCCAGUUGCUCAGCCUCAUCAACCUCGUGGUUUAUGUGCUGCUGGCCUUCGUGGUCAUCUACACGCUCUUCGUUCCCUACCGACAGAAGACAGACAUUCUCAGGGUGUAUGAGAUCUUGCCCACUUUUGAUGUCCUGCAUUUCAAGUCGGAGGGGUACAACGACCUGAGUCUCUACAACCUCUUCUUGGAGGAGAAUAUAAGUGAGCUCAAGUCCUACAGGUGUCUGAAGGUACUGGAGAAUAUUAAGAGCAGUGGCCAGGGCAUCAACCCAGUGCUCCUUCUGACUCACCUUGGCACGAUCAAGAUGGAUGUCAUGGAUGGCAAGAGACCGGAGCCUGUGGAAAUGACGACAGAGGAGCCGGGGGACCCAAUGACGGAGCUCAAAGAUUUGAAUGAACCCAGUGAAAUUAAAGUAAAUAACGGAGAGACGAAUGCUCGACAGAGACUUCUGGAUUCUUCCUGCUGAUGAUUUUUUUUCCCCUUGAACAUGAGAUCCGUGACUUCUGUGACAUGGGAUUUGUAUUGGCUGUCAGGUUCCCAGACAGUUCUCAGUAGAGCUACUGAGCAUGCCUUAUUGAGUCCCCAAUGAAAAUGAUGGUCCACAGAACGUUCUAGGAGAAUGGUUCAUGAACUCCUGAUGAGCAGCACCAUGGAGAUGGGUCAACCCCAGCAAGUGUACAUGUAUGAGUCCUCAUCCCAUGGAGAUGGGAAGGCUUAUCAAAGCAAGAGUCUUAGCCCUGUUUGCCUCAAAGAAGCACCUUUCUGGAGAGAUGCUGCAGUGAGACUCGGAGCUACCAGCAAGGACUUCAGUAGGCUUUUAGUAUUUGUUGUGUGAAAUAAUAAUAAACCUGUCAGGAUACAAUUGUAACAUGAAUCUCCUAUGUGCCCUUAACGACUGUUGCACGAGAAAACCAUUCACUGACCAGCGGGGUACCUGCUGUUGGCGGUGUCCUCCACUUGGGGACAGUGAGGCUCCUGUGCCCGCAGGCUCUGUGGUGCACCCUGCUGCUUGUCCCCGAAAUUGCGGCGCCGGCUCUGCUCUGGAGGGCUCUGGGCCCCCGCACCGCUCCACCUGGAAUCGUGGUGAGCAAGGCAGGGCCCCGGGGACAUUUACUUGCGAUUUCCGUACAGGAAAGAAUGCUUCUCACAGAGCCCAGUGGGGAAAUCUGGACAUACAGAACAGGCUAUUUCAGUCCGUUUUCCAAGGGGUUCUCUGCAGGUCCUUCCUCUCUUAGCAAAAGACUCGAAACAGGAUGUUAAGCAAAUGAACAGAACACAGAAUGCUUUUUAAAAAAGAAAAAAAAAGGGACAUUUUGCUUCUUACGAUCAGAACGUAUAAAUGACAUCUGCCAUAUGGUGUGCUUGGAACCAGACCAGCUUAACGGUUUAUUUUAUUUAUAUUUAAGCACAUCUUUUAAAAAUUCAUUUUAAUUUAGAAUCCUGGGACGUCAGAACUGAGGCCAUUUGGGAAGGAUGUUCUAGCGUUGAUGGAGAAUUAGAGGAUAAAUGUUACAGAUGGAUAUAUAACACUCAAGCAUUAUUUCGUAAACAUUUAAGGCCAGUUCAGAGUAUAUAAAAACCUUUCCCAGUUCUAACCAUGGAAAUAGGUCCAAACUAUGUUUACAUUUUAUACAAAACCCUUUAAAAUUCUGUCCGUGGAUCUGUUUUUAUUCUUAGGAAGUUAACAGAUUACUAAAGUGAGUAAUCCUCAGGAACCUCAAAGUUUACAUUUGGCUCCUAGGGAGAGUUGUUUACUUAAUCUAAUUACCGUUUGAAAAACAAAAUUUAUAUAAGCUGCUCAGAAUAUUCUGAGAAUACUCUACUCUCUUUUCAGAAUACUCACAGAAGCGGGUUUUAGUUGUGCUCCUGUGAUGGUGUCUGAGAUGGAAAGCUAAUGAUAAGUCUUAAGGAUGCAGUCAGUGCUUUAAAUUAUUCUUAUUACAUGAUAUUUAUUACCGUUGAAUUAGUGUGACUUAGAAAUGGUAGGAACCUAAAUACUCCCAUUUUCCUUCAUUUUUAUAUCGCCAUAUCCAAGCGUUCCAUCACAGCUCUCCACAUUGGUUUCUUUUUAUAAUUUGAAAAGAUUUCUGAGAGCUUUUUCUGAUAUACUUUUUUCCCCCAAAAAGCUUCAUCUUCUUUAUAGGUGGCCCCUAAUUUGUACUUUGAAGUGGUAAAAUAGAUCCAUUAUUUUAGGAAACCAGCAACUCCCUCAGCCCUGUCACAUGGAAUCCUUCUAUCAGAGUUGAUAUAGUUGGAGUCCUUGACCCUUCUUCCUCUUCCCUGUUCCUACACACUGAGCUCCAGUAGGUUCUGGGAUAUCCCGGGCCCGUCAUGCUUGUCAUGCUCGGCACUGACUGUUGGAUAUAACGAAUAAGGCCGGUCCCCAUCUUUGAGGAGUUUACAGCCUAGUCACAAGCAGCAAAGGCAGAGGCAGGUACAAAGAAGAGUAGCCACGAUAAAGGCCCUUGCAGAAAACUCCCAGCAACUGCUCUGUGUUCAUGGGAGACACCAUAUUGUUUUCCUCUCCCCAGAGCUUCUGUAGCUGCUGGUCUUGAGAGUCUAGUUGUAGUUUUUCCCAGAGGCUCUUUAGCCACCAGUCCUCCAGUGUGAAGCUGGGACAAAACAAUAGCAGAGUGGUUUUGCCCAGGAAGGGCUCCACUGGCCUUCUGCACCUUCCCUGGCAGGGAGGGGGGGGGCAAGUCUGUGGUGGACAUGGAGCUGCCUGUGGGGUUGGCCGUGAAUGACCGUCGUGGAGCUAAGAGGCUGAGGUGGAUGCCCGGCCCUACAUUCCAGCAUGGGGAGAAAGCAUUACCAGGAAAGUGAACUCCUCCAUCCCCUGGGAGUUGCUGGCUUACAGGAUGACUUUCGAGGCCUCAGUUUCCUGAGGGUAAAGAGUCGUCCAGUGCUUUCUACAAAGGGACAGACAGAUCGUGACUGAGGACCCCAGGGCUACUGACUUUGUUUCUGGCUCACGUCUUCCUAGAAAAUCACCAGCUGGGACUGGACCCAAUCAUCCUGAAAGCAGCGUCCGGCCACCUGUUUGCUUUUACCACAGGACAGGCAGAGACAUCCAGAGUAGACCUUUUCAGACUUCUGGGAAGUUACAAACCCGAAAUAUUUUAAAAGGUACAAACCCUCCCCUGCGAUGCACACACAGCAUGAAAUGCACCAUCAGGGCCCGUCCUUGUGCGUGCUCUCGGGGCCAGAGCCCAGGCCGCCCGGCCCACAGUGGAGGCCUCUCGGCCCUUGCAGGGAGCAGCUGCUUCCAGCAGUGUCUCCAUGCUGUGUUCACGUAGUGAGAUCGUGUUUGCACACUUUCAAGUGUGCUGUACCUUCUGAGGAGUGGAGCUCAUUGUCUAGAGUCGGGCUGAACAAGCCAGUUAAGACAGUGGGUGGAUGGCAGCAUCCUGGAGCGACCCGGCCACCGCCACUGACCCCGUUCAGCCUCUUCGAACACCUGCGCAGUGCUUUGUCCGACUUGGUGGUUGUGCUGGUGAAAAUGCUAGCAGCUUCCGGCUGUGCGGCAGGUCUUGUUGCAUGUUUGUGUUUGGUCUGUGGAAGCCGAGCCUCUGUCCUAUCCGAGAAUGAGCCAAGGUGGGGCGGCAGGGCGGACGCUCCCACGGGCGGAGUGUUGCACACUUUUUCAGGUGUGUUCGUAGUGGGGUAUUGUGCUUACUGUCCGUCCCGGGUCCAUAGAUGGUUUACGACGACGGCAGUUUUUAAUCUGCUGUACUGUAAGCUAACCCAGCGGCUGGCGGGUCAUAGGCAUUCUGUAAAUAUUUGCUGAACACACGAACACGCUGUUGGGAGAAGGCUCGUUUGUUAGCAACUGUGAUCUGAUUUGAAAAGGCACACGGUCCUCUGCAGGAAAGGAGAGGGGAGACUCCCUCAGCCUCCUGGUGGAGAGAGGAAGAUUUGUGUAAAUGACUAGGUCUGUGCGGCUAAGUAGUGGCAGUUCUUAGCUGCUUCUUGCGGCCCCUCUCCAAGUUCAGUACAAGUUCGGUGUUGCCCUGCAGUGAUUAGCGAAAUUGAAGUUUUGAAGCUCCUGAUCUCAAGUCACUUCCCAGAACAACCUCUUGAUUUGAAAUGUGCAAUUAGCGCUGAUUGGGGUUUCAAAUGAGGGCAUGGAGAUGAAAUGGCCCUUCUGGGCAGUUGGCCAGGGGGGGCCUGUUUUUCACAAAUAAUGUGAAACCUUGAAAGGGCUGGCAAAAAUGAUAGUCACUUGUGGAACAUAAUAGAUGAUAAUUCACCAUUGUUUUGUUCGGCCAGCUUGAAAUGAAAUGUAUUGUUUGGGGGGAGGGUCUCUUCUUAGGUGUAAAAAUACUCUGUCACUUAAAGCAUGCAGUUCGAUCAGUGAUUGUUCUUCGAGUUCUUGAAAGUUGUUAGAGUUUCUCAGGCCGUGUGAGCUUUCCCCUGCCCCCCCCCCCCCGAUGAGGAAAAUCCUCGUAGAAUUCGACAGUGUCACAAGUGUUCCCUACAAAAGCGGACGCCAUCCAUUCCUCUUUAACAAGUUGGCUUUUUGAAAGCACUGUAAUUACAAUCUCAUGGAGUUCUGUAGAGUGGUGCUCUAGGCGUACUUUAAGUUCUUUUUAAUGACUAAACAUCUUCAAAACUUUUAAAGAAAAAUACACGUGUUCUUUUCUGCUGUGUCAUUCGGUAAGAACGAUCGAUUUCUGCUCCACACAGAUCAAAGGAUGACAGCGUAUCAGUGUUAGAAAAUGAUCCUUAAAAAAAGCACAAGAAUCUUGAAAGCUCUGCGGUUUGGUGGUUCUCGCUAGGACAUUUUAGAUUCCUACGUAAGUCACUUGUCCAAGUUCUGCAUUCUGAUCAAGCUGCCUUCCCCUUAAGGAGGGAUCCAAGGCUGCCCGUGUCUGUAGCGAAGGCAGAAACGAUGUUUUCGUUCUGCAGUGUUGCACCCACCUCAAUAAAACUUCUCUCAG